AUGGCACCAAGGAAAACAAAUCGUCAGUCCUGGUCGGAAAUCGCAAUGGCGGAAGCAAUUAAAGCAGUUUCAACUGGAGAGUUUGGUUACUUGAAGGCGUCGAAGGUUUUUUCAGUGCCUAAAAGCACGCUAGAAAGGCGUGUAAAAGGUUUCAACAAACAAAUAUCUGGUUCGGCAAAAGGCCUGGGAAGCAGGCAACAAACUUUCUCCAUCGUAUUAGAAGAACAGCUUGUCGCUUACAUAAAAAAUAUGGAGUGUAUGCUUUUCGGUUUAACAACUACAGAUGUCAGAAGACUAGCAUACCAGUUCGCAGAAAGGAAUAAUAUAAGGCAUUUCUUUAACGCUAACAAAAAAAUGGCCGGGUGGGUUUGGUUGCGAGCGUUUAUGAAGAGGAAUCGUCUCUCUCUUCGGACACCAGAAGCAACGUCAGCGGCACGUGCUAGGGGAUUUAAUAGAGUAUCUGUAGAUAAGUUUUUUGAAUUAUUGGAGCCAUUACAAGAUAAAAACAAAUAUACACCGUCAAGAAUUUUUAAUGUUGACGAGACAGGGAUGUCGACCGUGCAAGGACAUCCAUCCAAAAUUAUUGCGAUGAGAGAUCGGAAACAGGUUGGUACUCUCAGUUCAGCUGAACGUGGAACACUUAGCACAGCUGUAAUAUGCAUGAGUGCUUCGGGAAGCUUUAUUCCACCCAUGAUGAUCUAUCCCCGAGUAAGGAAUAAGGAGGAAUUUUCGAUAGGAGUUCCUCCAGAAACACUUGUGGCAUGCCACCCAUCAGGUUGGAUGCAGUUAAACCUGUUUGAUCAUUUUGUAAAACACAGUAUGGCGUCAGUGGAAAAUCCUGCAUUGCUGAUUAUGGACGGACACAAAACCCACACUCAAAAUAUUGCUGUAAUUGAGAAAGCUAGAAACAAUGGAGUAACAAUAUUGUGCCUUCCACCACACUGCAGCCAUCGAAUGCAGCCACUAGAUGUGGCCUUUAUGGGACCACUGUCAACGUUUUACAAUCAAGAAGUGGAAAUAUUUUUGCGAAACAAUCCAGGCCGCGUUGUUACCAUUUUCAAUGGUUUCGAGAAAACGGGUUUGUUUCCUGUCAACCGUCAUAUCUUCACUGAAGAUAUGUUCAUGGCUGCUAAUCCAACAGACAUGCCGAAGAAUGGCACAUCAUCAGAUGAAACCGCAACAGAAAUUCAGACACCACGCACAGUUCGGCAUCAAACUCCCCCUCCCUCUACAUCCUCUUCACAUCCUACGCAACAUCAUCAGGCGACGUUCACACCAGUUCAUUCCAAAUCAGAUAACGAUACGAGCAGUGAUGAAGAUAUUCCUCUGGCACAAUAUGUACAAGGCAAAACUCUUAUUUCACCAGAAAUGAUAAGACCGUAUCCUAAAGCCCAGGAAAGAAAGACGGACGCCAAAGGUAAAAACAGAGGUAAAGCAGCAGUGUUAACCAGCACACCAUAUAAGGAGGAGCUGAAAACCAAUUUAGAAGCAAAAAGUCGGAAGGUUUCAAUGAAGCCCUUACCAUCAUCUAUGACGACAGCACAGACAGGCAAAUCAGUUAAGAAAAAGACUAAAACACAGACCGCCAGAAAAAGCCAAGAAAAAACCGUUAAGCAAGCAAACACUGGAAGAUCAGAGAAACAAAUGACUGAUAUGGUAGAGAACCCCAUAUGUUUCUACUGCGAAGCCAGCUUUCUUAACAGUAAACCAGGAGAGCAAUGGGUUCAAUGUGAUAUUUGCAGCAGACGGGUUCAUGCAGAAUGCGGUGGAUCGGAGAAUGCUGAUGAGUAUUUUAAAUGUGACAUGCGUAUAAAUUUAUGUGUAUCCCAUUUUAAACACACUCUUAUUCAUAAGUUAGUAAUGAACCUCGAUAGUGAGAACGAAAAUAAUGAACUCGUGGCCGUGGGUACACCUCCUGAGGUUAUACACCAGGCAGAAGAAGUGUGUUCAAAUUUAUUGCCCGAAAAGUCUCGAACGAAGUAG